GGUGGACUGUGGCGGCCACAGAAAGGAGGCAAAUUCGCAAAGAUGAGCAAGAAAGGCACACAGAACCUAGCAAUUACAAGAAAUGAAAGCUCAAUCUCUAGCGAGUCUUCGGAUACCAUAGCUACAUCAACAAGCCAAAGUCAAGAUAUUCAAGUUGCAGACGGAAGC